AUGGACAACUUCACCAAUGUCUACAACGAUUUCUACAAUACCCGUGUGUAUGCCCUCGAGCAGCGACGGCGUCUGGGGCUUCGGGAGCCAUUGCCACAGUUGACAGUGGAGAUCAUUAGAGUCUGGGAUACAGUCGGGCUUCAAAAGGCUUGGCUAGGUAGAGGCUCUGGAGAGAGACUCGAGCUACGAAAUACAGUACUGCACGAGAGUGUGAAAUAUGCGUUUCACGCCUUAGCGCUUGACGAAGAGCCCAAGGCCUUUCAGCCAACUGUCUGGAAUAUUCCUCAGAAGAAUGAGGGCCAAGAGCUUCUUCAGGUGUGGUUCUCCAGGUCCAUACGGAUGUUGGAGGAAGCGACAAUCCCCGACUGUCGAAUAUCCCUUAAGCUGGAUGAUCGCAUGCUCAGCUUCGAUAUCGACGAGUAUCUCUUCGACCACUCUCCUCGCCCAGAGUGGGAUGAUGCCCCCUGGGCGACGAGUUUGGGUGAAGUAAAUCACCACAGUCUUGGUCGGGCUGUGCAAAGUUGGUUGAGUGGGAAAUCUAAUCGCACUCCUCUGGCUUACAACCCACCCGGCCAUGAAUGGCAUGUCACCAAUGAAGUGCUCCAUGAAUCAACCAAGGACCACAACCUUGAUAAGUGGCCGUGUCCAUCUUUGCAGGAGCGGAGAGAGGAUAAGACCUGUGCUCUGGUUGACGGCAAAGAGAUCGUUGAAGCUACAGCGUUGGAGGAGAGGUAUAUGAAAGGACGCAUUUGGACAGUACAUGUCCACGGGGAGGAUUGA